UCACUUAUUUCUACCUGAUAACUUAAAAUCAUUCUAAAAUUUUACAAAAGACACUUUAAAUUUCGAUCUCCAUGUGCUUUAACGGACCCGUUUCGCUCAUCAAAAAGAUCCUGCCCAAGGGGUCACAAAAAUCCUGUCUGCUCAUCUUAGGAUUGGAUAAUGCUGGAAAAUCCACCUUGACAGCGCGCCUUGCAGAGGCUUUUAAUGGCAAUGCCAAAGAAACUAAUAAGCAGGCCAAUGAGUGGAGCUUCACAAUCAAAAACGCCAAAGUGCAGUUGUGGGAUAUUAACGGGGAACUGAAGAACAGGCAAAUCUGGCCAAACUAUUACAAAAAGGCCAAGGUCUUGAUUUUCGUACUGGACAGCAAGGAUGCAGUGCGUCUAAGCGAGGCUCGUUGUGUGUUAUGCGAUGUUCUGAUGCACGAGGAGCUCAACAAAGCUCCUCUGCUGAUCGUGUCCAACAAAAAGGACAUUCCGGGAUCUCUGCCAUUAUCCACAGUGACCGAUUUGAUGGGUCUGGAUCGCUUAGAUGGUCGGGAUUGGGCUUUUAAAGAAUGUUCAAUGCAGACAGGCUCUGGUAUUCAGGACAUCGUGGGCUGGAUUACCAAUGAGAUCAAUAGGAACAAAUAGUUAUUCAACAUAUUUUACAUUUUUUGAUAGUUGUAAAUAAUAAGUAAAUUGC